AUGAAAAUUGAUGAACGAGAGGCCAUCAUUUGGUUCAUAGCACCAGCUGGGGAAUUCAACACUUGGUUCAUGUUUGAAGCUGGAGAAGGCAUCAUUUGGUUCACGUUUGAAGCAGGAGAAGGCAUCAUUUGGUUCACGUUGGAAGCAGGAGAAGGCAUCAUUUGGUUCACGUUUGAAGCUGGAGAAGGCAUCAUUUGA